AUGUAUAAAUGGUACAACCGCUCAGAAAAUCAUGAUUUUAUUAUUCUUCCCAAUCAUUUCACUUCACUCGAACAAGAAUUUCUCUUAGACCAAUCCUUAAAGAAAUUUAAAAGGGUUUUUGGUAAAAAAGUAACUUAUCAAGAUGCUCAUUUUGAUGGAGUAAUUCAUGGAUAUCGAGAAUGUCAGUCUACUCACUGGGAUGAUGAUGAAAAGACGAAUGAAAUUUUUAAUAAAAAAAUAUUUAGUCUUUUUCCUGAGAAUCUUCGAUGGUUACCUGUACAUCUUUUGGAAUUAGCAAAUUAUGGUGGAAUUAAAGCUCAUAUCGAUAAUGUUGAG